AUCCUUUACACAUUUUCAUCUCAUAUUAUUUAUUUGCGGAACAAAAUGAGUUUCAAAGUGAAAGUUUUCAUUCAGCAAAUUAUAGGAUUUCUUUUUUUAGUUAGCCUUUUACCUGCCCAAGCUUUUGUUCGUCAUCAUCGAUUUGUUAUUAAAGAAGCUCCAUACUCAAAACUUUGCAGCUCGAAGAACAUCUUGACUGUCAAUGGCCAAUUCCCAGGUCCAGUUCUCUAUGCCAAUACGGGAGAUACACUCGUUGUCAAUGUCCAAAACGAUGGAAGCCAAAACAUAACAAUUCAUUGGCAUGGAGUGAAACAACCUAGAUAUCCAUGGUCAGACGGACCUGAAUAUAUUACUCAAUGCCCAAUUCGACCAGGCACUAACUUCAGCCAAAAGAUUAAACUUUCAGACGAGGAAGGAACCCUGUGGUGGCAUGCACAUAGUGAUUGGUCAAGAGCCACUGUCAAUGGUGCCCUUGUUAUACGUCCUGCAUACAAAACUAAGUAUCCUUUCCCUAAACCUGCCACCGAAGUACCCAUCAUAUUAGGGGAGUGGUGGAAGAGGGAUGUACAAGCGAUGGUGAAUGAGUUUCUUGCAGGUGGAGGAGACGCUAAAAAGGCUGAUGCUUUUCUUAUAAAUGGUCAACCAGGAGACCUAUAUCCUUGCUCAAAAAAUGACACAUUCAAGCUAACAGUGGAGAAAGGCAAGACUUAUAUGCUCAGAAUGGUGAACGCCGUAAUGAACAAUCUCAUGUUCUUCUCCGUUGCAAAUCAUAAACUCACCGUCGUAGGAACGGAUGGUGCCUAUGUAAAACCAUUCAAAACUAAUUACAUCACUAUUUCACCGGGCCAAACUAUCGAUGUUUUGCUCGAAGCUAAUCAAAACCCUAAUCACUAUUACAUGGCUGCUAAGGCUUAUAAUAGCGUCGACGGAGUUGAAUUUGAUAGCACAACCACCACCGCCAUCCUCCAGUAUCGCGGAAAUUACACCCCUUCAUCACGGCCAAUUUUCCCAAAUAAUCUUCCGAAUUACAACGAUACAAAUGCAUCGUUUAAUUUCACGAGGACGUUCAAAAGCCUAGCCGAUAAAAAACACCCGGUGAACGUGCCCUUAAACAUUACUACCAAUUUAUUGUUCACGUUUUCGGUAAAUACAAUACCGUGCAAAAAUGAAUCGUGUGAUGGACCUAACGGGGACCGAUUUUCUGCUAGUGUGAACAACAUAAGCUUCAUUGUUCCUCGUAUUGACAUAUUAGGAGCUUAUUACAAGAACAUUAAAGGGGUUUAUCAAGAUGAAUUUCCUAGUUUUCCGCCUUUUAAUUUUAAUUUUACGGGUGAUUCUCUUCCUGUGGAAUUGCAACGUCCUGAUCGUAGAACGGAGGUCCACGUUCUUGAAUAUGGAUCAAAUGUAGAGAUUGUUUUGCAAGGAACUAGUCUUUUAGGUGGAAUUGAUCAUCCAAUUCAUUUGCAUGGAUAUAGUUUUUAUGUUGUUGGAUCAGGCUUUGGAAAUUUUGACAAGGAUAAAGACCCUUUGAAGUACAAUCUUGUUGAUCCUCCUCUUCAGAACACUAUUGCUGUUGUUAGGAAUGGAUGGGCUGCCAUCAGAUUUAAAGCUGAUAAUCCAGGAGUGUGGUUCAUGCAUUGCCAUUUUGAGCGUCAUGCGAGCUGGGGAAUGGAGAUGGCAUUCAUUGUCAAAGAUGGAAAAGGCUCCCAACAAAAACUCCUACCUCCCCCUCCCGAUGUGCCUAUGUGUUGAAUUCCAUAGCCCAAAUUUAACUAAUCUUUUAGCACAUCUAAUGAGGGGAUAUAGAAAAAUAUUGUGCUUAUUACUGAUUUUAUUACUUCGUUUGUAUAACUUAUAGCUUCAAAAUUCAUGUCUUUGUUUUUCUAUCAUGUAAUAAAAUUGAUUAUUGGUGGUGUACGUACUAAAUAUUUGAUGAUGAAUAAGGUAAUUCUCAUUUUAUAUUAGUAGAAA